CACCGGUCUCCUGCCUGGAAGUGCUGACAGAUCAAGGCAACAAAUUUCAAUUACAAGCCCUAAUUUGUGUCCGCAGAGCGUUUGUUACCCAUGUCAGAGCUGUUUGGCCCCUCAGACGAAGCAGAGCUUGCAGGAAGAAGAGGAGGAGGGGGAGGAGGAGGAGAAGAAGAAGAAGAAGAGAAGCGCUGCUUUUCCAAAAAGGAAUAGAUCGGGUUUGGAAAGAAAAGAGGAGGGAAAGGGAGAAGAGGAGGAGGAGGAGGGUGGACACAAAUCCCAAACCUCUUUGGGCUGCCUGAAGUCGGAUGUAAAAGAGAAGGAGGCGACGCGAAGGCGGACGGCGCGGCCUGGAAGGAGGCGAUCAGGCGCCCGGGGAAGAGUCCGGCCCGGGCAUGGCGGAGAAAAGGCGAGCGUCCCCGUGCGCCAUGCUGAGCCUCAAGGCGCACGCCUUCUCGGUGGAAGCCCUCAUCGGCACCGAGAAGCAGCAACAGGAGCAGCAACAGCCGCCGAAGCGGAGGAAAGUGGCCGGGGAAGAGGCUCCACCGGCGGCCGCCGAAGGGGCGAGCAGCUGCAGGAAGGGCGCCGAGGAAGGCGCGGACGCUUUGGCGCCCAGCGCCGAGACGGGGCCAGCCGCGGCCGAGAGGAGCUGCGGCGUCCGGGCUCUGCCUCCCGGUGGCUGCGAGGACAGCUUCCUGAGCUCUACGUCGCCGCCGCUGUCCCCCGGAGGCCCCGCCAAGGCCAAAGGCUCCUCCAGGCCUGCUUCUCCCUUGCUGGCCCCGCCAGUGCCUCGCGUCGACCUGCAGGGCGCAGAGCUCUGGAAGCGCUUUCACGAGAUCGGCACCGAGAUGAUCAUCACCAAGGCGGGAAGACGGAUGUUUCCUGCAAUGAGAGUGAAAAUUUCAGGCCUAGACCCUCAUCAGCAAUACUAUAUUGCCAUGGACAUUGUCCCUGUGGAUAACAAAAGAUACAGGUAUGUUUAUCACAGCUCCAAAUGGAUGGUAGCUGGGAAUGCUGAUUCGCCUGUUCCUCCCCGUGUGUACAUCCACCCAGAUUCACCUGCCUCAGGAGAGACUUGGAUGAGGCAGGUGAUUAGCUUUGACAAGCUGAAACUUACAAACAAUGAACUGGAUGACCAGGGGCAUAUUAUCCUCCAUUCUAUGCACAAAUAUCAGCCACGUGUCCAUGUCAUUCGGAAGGACUGUGGGGAUGACCUCUCCCCAGUCAAACCCAUUCCUUCGGGAGAAGGAGUGAAGGCAUUCUCCUUUCCUGAAACUGUUUUCACAACUGUCACGGCAUACCAGAACCAACAGAUUACCCGGCUCAAGAUUGAUAGGAAUCCAUUUGCCAAAGGAUUUAGAGAUUCUGGACGCAACAGGAUGGGAUUAGAAGCUUUAGUAGAGUCUUAUGCAUUCUGGAGACCUUCACUGAGGACACUUACAUUUGAAGAUAUACCUGGGAUCGCAAAACAAGGAAAUGCUGGCUCUUCUACUUUGCUCCAGGGAACCGGAAAUGGAGUACCAACCACCCACCCCCACCUGCUCCCAGGGUCCCCUUGUUCUUCUCCUGCCUUCCACCUUGCUCCCAACACUAGCCAGCUCUGCAGCCUCGCUCCAGCUGACUACACAGCUUGUGCCCGUUCCGGUCUAGCCCUUAACAGAUACAGCACUUCCUUGGCCGAAACCUACAACAGGCUUACAAACCAAUCCGGCGAGACCUUUGCAACCCCAAGGACUCCCUCCUAUGUCGGUGUGUCGGGCAGUUCGACCGUGAACAUGCCUGUGGCAGGCAGCGACGGCGAUGCGUUCGGCUGCCCUCAGACAGGCUUGUCGAUGCAGAUUUCAGGGAUGUCUCCGCAGCUGCAGUAUAUCAUGCCCUCGCCAUCGGGCAACGCCUUCGCUGCAAAUCAAACCCACCAGAGUUCCUACAACACUUUCAGGCUGCACAGCCCCUGUGCUCUGUACGGAUACAACUUCUCCACGUCCCCCAAACUGGCUGCCAGUCCUGAGAAAAUCGUUUCUUCCCAAGGAAGUUUCUUGGGGUCGUCGCCAAGUGGAACCAUGACCGAUCGGCAGAUGUUGCCCCCUGUAGAAGGAGUGCACUUACUUAGCAGCGGGGGGCAGCAGAAUUUCUUUGACUCUAGGACCCUAGGAAGCUUAACGCUGUCAUCAUCUCAAGUAUCUGCACAUAUGGUUUGAUAAAGCCUUUUAAAAACAAAAGUACAUUGGUUUCUACAAUGUAUUUCCUUUUCGGGAUUAUGCUAAGGUGAUUAAUGUGCCUAGUAAGGUGUUUAUGCUUUAAAAAAAGUCAUCAAGGGAAGUUUGACUUGCCUAUCGGCAGAUAUUUGAAUAUGUGCUCGUGUUCAGAGUUAAGCCGAGUUUGCUUGCAGAGCAGCCCAUUUAGUAGCAGUAGACUUCAUUUUAUAACACGUUUGGCCAUAUGCAACAAAUUAAGAAGGGCUUCCUGCAGCACUCUUUCUCUCCACAUCUUUCCCUCUUUAAAGAACAAAACAACACUCAGGUCUGAUUAAGAUGAAACAAAAAACACUUUUAAAAUAUAUAUAACUACCAUUUUGUAACAGCUGUCCUUAAAGCGUUCUUACCACAACGAGCUGGUGCCACAAUGCACGCAUUACUUCUCUGUUGUAAGAGAGAUAAUAAACAUAUGUGGGCUUGCAUUAGGCUUAGUUCAGAAGUCUGUCAAAUUUUCUAAAUAAAGGGACAGGAUGAUCUCCCUUCUCGAUCUUUUCAUUGGCACACCAUUGCUUUGUGAACACCUAGGAGCACUAUGAAGAGACAACAAUCUAAAUUAAGCAUUGGAACGGGCAACGAGGCCUAUUUUUCUGUACAGAAUGAAUUUAAAGGAGGCUUGCUCCAUGUGAAGAGAGUAUAAAGAUGAUAGAGAUUUUUAUAUUUUAAAAUAUUAAAUAUAUGUUUGCAAAUAUAAAAGACAAGGCAGGACUUCUACAUAUUUCCAUAAACUUUCUAUUUAAGAAUGGUGUUAGGAACGGUAGCAGAAUGGUGGAGAGGGGCGGUGGCACUUGCCUGAGCUGGCAGGUGGGUCACUGCUGCUUAAGAGGAAGGAGAAGCGGAGGGGCAAUGUGCUAGGCAGGUUGGCACUCUGCAAUUUGUAUCAGCAGGAACAUAUUGGCUCCACCAGUGCAUUUGUGCCGUGACCUGCCUGCUGCCAUGCCCCUCCCUCCUGGUAAGCAGCAAUGAUCUACCUGCUGCGGCAUCAGGUAAGCAUCACUACUAUUUCCCACCAUCCACUCCAGGGUAGGGUGCCGUGGAAAAACCACCCUUUCUGUUUCUGUAGUUCUACAAAUAAUUUGCUCACACGCCUUUGUCACAGUCUAGGUAAGGCUGCAAUCCUAUAUGGUACACCCUUUUCUACAAGGAAGUCUCACUGCACAGUGGUGCUUACCUCUGAAUAGACAUGCAUGAUAUCACACCAUAAACCUUACUGCUAGUUUGUUUUGAGUGUGUCCCCAAGAGCAGAAGAACAUACUGCAUAGGUUUGGGUCAUCUGAAGCCUCUUCCUUCCAGGGACAGUGCCCUGCAGUCUGUUGACAGACUUCUGCCACAUCUUGUGGUGACACUGGCAACUGGUGUAAUGCAAGGAGCUUCAGUCAGCAUGGGAAAAUGGCCAUGCUUCAGUAGAUGUGCAGAAGCGGCAGUGUACAUUUCAUAUAACCUCUUCGAAACCCUACAAGUAUGACAUUUCUAGUUGUGGGGUAAGAAACCAAAACCGUACACAUUUUCUGCUUGCACCACCGUGGGCAACAGUUUUUCCCCAUCCCAACAAACACUUGAUUAUGAUUUUCCCCCUGAUUGUUUUCUGAAUAUUUGUUUAAAAGGAAGAAAAACAUCAACGAGAGACCAUUAAAAUAACUAUACCACUGUGCUAUGUAGAAUACUAGAACUACAACCGCAGAAUAAACUGUUUGUUACCCUUUUAGCAAUCUUACAUCUGCAGAGCAGUGAAACGAGAGUAAAAGUAUUCGGGUCUAGAAAUAUUGUGUCUGGCUAUUCUAGUUGCAGGUAGAAUUUGUACAGACUUAAGCAGCGGCUCUUGUCAGAUAAGUUCCGAGAAGUUCUUGUAUCCAUUAUCCUGGUAUUUGAGUGCCACAAGGUUGGGAUCCAAAAAGCCUUGUGAAUGAAGAGGAAGUGUUUCCCCAGGUGCAUACGGUUGGUGUCAAGGGUUUCUUUUCGGCAGCAUCUCUUCACACCACUUUGGACCCUUCUCUGGGGAGCCCACCAGCUUCCAAGAUUGGCUUUCUGAAGGCUGUGAGUGGCUAAAGUGGGAAAGGGCAGGAAAUAUACCCAGUGUUCUAUGCACGGCUCUUUGGAUCCUGGCCGAUAUUGUGUGGUUCCUUAAACCCAUAGCAUCAACCUUCUUGUGAAGGUUUAUGUUUCACGUAUUAGAAGCCUACUCUCCUAACCUGCAUAACUGUAAAUCUUGUAUAUUGUGUGAACACUCAGCAAGCACAAUGUCAUAAAAAGCACAUUAGGUUUAUAGUUCUGGACCCUCUUGCUGUAGCAGCAAACCCUUGUUUCAGUAGGAUUUCCCUGAAGAUGCAGGAUUGUAGUUCUAAAAGUGUUGGCAUGACAAAAAUGGUUGUGCCAAUAAGUGGAAGCAAAUAUGGCACCUCAAAUGAUGUUAAACAUGUAUCUGAAUUGCAAAAUGUGAAUUUAGGAUUCUGGAUGAGGUUCUUCUUGAGUUUGGAUGUCUCAUAUCAGUGUCUUACAUGUUUCUAAUCUAAGGUUGUCGGAUAUCCUGAACAAUUGUUUUAUUUGUUGCAUGAAUGCUGUUACAAAGGCAGUCAAGUUUCAAAUAACAAAAAUAUAUUAAAUAAGAUCUCUGCAUUGCAGGGGCUUGGCUUAGAUGAUCAGCUCUACAAUUCUGUGAUUCCAACACAGUUAUAAGGAAUCCUGCUAGAAUUGAAAACAUUAAUAUUUAAGUUACACAAAAUCUUAAAUGGACAUAAUGCUAUAUUUAAUUUUUUAACGCAAAUGAAUUAUAUACUGCCCUCUUAAAGGAAACUAUGCUAGGAAGUGAUGGGGCAAAACGGACCAUGAAGGUCAAGGUCAUACUGUCUUGUAGCAAAAAAAUGCAGCACAACUGAACCCCCUGGGUAUGUAUGCACAAUUAUAACAGUAUCUGCUUUGUAAUUUCUAUUGGAUUUCCAUUAUCCUGCAUCAUUCCCCCCCUCAUAUAUUAAUAAAGCCAUGGUAUUAUAAUUGAAACACCUUUUCUCUUAAAUGCAGUUGCUGCUGUACAUAGUAAAUGGUGUAUGAUUGCAAAGUCCAGCUUUUCGUGGAAUAUAAUGAAUGCCAAAUAUGCAGUAUAUCUGUAAUUAUAUAUAGCUGUAUUUUGUUUUUUAAAGCCACAGAAAUGAUAUUAAAGUGUGUACCUAAAAACACUUUUUAAUAAAUUUUGAAAAUAAAAAUCCUUUAAAACCACCACCAACCCUAAACCUACAGCCAUCCUCUUCAGAAAAGUGUCGUGCAUUUUGACUGCGUGUUACAUUUCUUCUUGAGGA